CCUGAAGCUGUAUGCCGACGAGGACCUCCGCGAGGACAGUGUUCCAUCCUAUGCAGCUGAUAAGUUUACGCUCUUCCAUGGAAAUACCCCGCAGCUGAAGGACGUCGUAUUCCCCUCUAUCCACGUUGACUGGCCUAAAGUGCAUAUGACCGUCUCCAGGAACUUGUCUUAGGUUGCCUUUCAAACUGUAUGCGCCUGAGCUUCAGCGAUUUCGGGCGCUUACUGCUCAAUGCACCUGCUCUUUUCCACCUCAGCCUUCUGUCUGCCGGUCCUGGUGGAUGUAUCGAAGAAUGGACAUCGAGUGUCGUUAAGGUGGAGAGGGAGAAUACGCCAGACUCACCCACAGAUCAGAUUACGCUUCCGCUGAUAGUCCCAUCCAUCCGUUACCUCGAGUUCUCAAUCAGAAACGACUGUUACAUAGAGGAAUUUACACAGAGGAACUGGCCGAGUGCCUUGUCUUACCAAACCUGAAAAUCCUCGACCUCUACACGCCCUGCAGCGACUACUUCCUGCAGACCAUAGCGCGCCCGUCCUUCGCGACCGGCACUCCUG